AGAUCUCUCGCUACGAGCCGGCGGGGUUCAUCUUCACCAUCAUCAUCAGAACAGUCCCACGUCUGGGCUUGGCCCCAUGGCCCUCGUGCUCCCUUCUUCCUCCCUGCGCUUCCUCAGACCCUUCUCCUCCUCCUCCUCUGCUCAAAUCUCACUUCCUCUUCCCCUCAACACUCGCAGGGAUAAGCAUUGGAGAUAUAGUUCUACAAACAUCCAAUAUCAUGUAAUAAAUUGUAGAUCGGCGAGGGUCAAGGAAUCUCCUCCAACUAAUUCUGAAGCUUUGAUAAAGGAGCCACACAAAUAUUUUGAUCAGGUUAUCAUCACUGUUCGUUCUGGAGAUGGAGGCCAUGGUGCAGUCCUCAGCAUGCACAAUGAGAUAACAACAUCUAAAUCUCAGGGAAGACAUGAGAAGAAAUCAAAGAGAAAAGGCUCUUAUAAAAGGGAUUCAGAUGGUUCGCUAAUCCUACCAAUGGGUGGACAUGGUGGCGAUAUAGUCAUAUAUGCUGAUGAAAGCAAAGAAUCUCUCUUGGAAUUUCACAAAAAGCGCCGCUACUGUGCAAAGAGAGGGGGAAAUGUCGAUGCAAUGGGUGCUUUGACAUCGCAUUUGCAUGAUGGAUUUGCUGCACAAACAUUACGAAUACCGGUGCCUGUAGGUACAGUUGUGAAGCGCAAGAAGGGAACGUUCCUAGCGGAUUUGGCAUGUCCAGGGGAUGAGAUUCUUGUUGCCAGGGGUGGACAAGGUGGGAUUAGUCUGUUAGAGAUGCCUGAACACAAAAGAAAAAGAUUGAACGCGUUAUCUAGUAAUGUAAUGAGAGAUGACAGUGACAAGGUUUUAGUUCUUGGUCAGCCUGGUGAGGAGGUUAGCUUAGAAUUAAUAUUACGAGUAGUUGCUGAUAUCGGUCUUGUGGGACUCCCAAAUGCCGGAAAAUCAACUCUUUUGGGAGCACUAACUCUGGCAAAACCAGACAUUGCCGACUACCCUUUUACAACCUUGAUGCCAAACCUUGGACGUCUUGAUGGUGAUCCUACUUUAGGGGCACUGAAGUUUUCCUCUCAAGCAACAUUAGCAGAUUUGCCUGGUUUAAUUGAAGGUGCUCAUUUAGGAAAGGGUCUUGGUCGUAAUUUCUUGAGACAUUUAAGGAGAACUCAGCUGUUAGUUCAUGUUGUCGAUGCUGCUGCAGAGGACCCUUUAAAUGAUUAUAAGACUGUCAAGGAGGAAUUGCGGAUGUACAACCCUAAUUAUCUUGAACGACCUUAUAUUGUAGUGUUGAAUAAGAUUGAUCUUCCAGAGGCUCGGGAUAGACUUCCAAUAUUAAUGCAAGAAAUUUCAUCACUUGGAUGCAAAGUGACAACCAAACUAGAAAUGGGUGGGACACUGUCCAUUGAAAGUAAGGAGCCACAGAUGCAAUCAUUAGCAUCUGAUGGGGAAGCGACAAACGAAAAAAAGAUUGAGGAUUAUCCACGGCCUCUUGCCGUUGUGGGUGCUAGUGUGCUAAAGCGCAUCAAUAUUGAUCAUAUGCUGAAGGAAAUAAGAGCAGCCCUAAGGACAUGUCAGGGUCUUGAAAAAAUGGUGGAACAAGGGACCGUACAAGAUCUUGCUAGCUAUAUGUAGCUACAGGGAAGAACCAAACUGAAACUAUUGCUUGUGCUCCCUCACCUCGGAAGCAAACUGUCUUCAUGACAGUUUUCCAGAAGAUUUCUCUUCAGCAAUUAAUCAUUACUGGGAAGUAUUUCCUAUAUAAAGCGAAUACCUUUGUUACAUCAUAAAAUGACAUAACCCUGGAAACCAGAAAUUAUGCAUGGGAGGAUGAGGAGUCCAUGGUUGAGCACCCUGUAUAGAAUAGCUGGAUUUCUAUGCAAAAAAGUGGAGCAAUCUGCAUCGCGAGCUCUCUGUAAUUCAAUUGUUCGAUGUUGAGGGUCUCCUAUAUGUGCAUAUAAACCUUGUUCUGUUCAUUGUAACCAUUUCUGGCAGUACGUUCCCUUUUUGUAUAAUAUUUCGGGGUUCUUGACUUCUUGCACUUGCAUCAAAAGUAGUAGUGAAAUUACAGAUAUUUUGCACACGACUACGGUUAUACUAACGAAGUCAAAUCUAAA